AAAGUCCUGCUACGUUCUUUGUCUGACGCAGCGCUUGUAGCCUUGCUCCCAUUUACAAUUCGCUGUUUGAUGUAAAAAUGACGAGCAACCAAAUUGUAUUGGGUUACAUCAUUGUAAGCGGUGGUAUUGUCUUACUUUUGUAAAUACUUUACUGAUGCUCCGCGAUAUACUACGGAAGUUGUCACGACUUCAUGAUGCAGGUGGUCUCUGCCUUCUCGCGUCUGGGCUGCUGGAGAUCAUUACAGAGAGCCUUCAGUCCUAAGAUGGCACACAAGGAUGAAGAUUUAGACGAGACCACCUGGCUUCAAUUGAUUGAGCGGAGUGAACGAACAACUGUCCUCUUCAACUCCCUAUUGGAUGAGCUUGAAGAUCUCCUUGAAGAGCUGGAGGCAGAGGAAGAUGACCUCUGUGGGUGUGGCUGUGAUGACUCUUCUAUCACACAGAGCAGCCGUGUGUGUAUCUUGCCCAGUGAAGAAUUCACCGUAGAGUCUGGCAAUCCCUCUGAAGUUUUGGUACCCAACAGCAGAGCCCAGAAGCUUUGGAGACGGGUCUUCUUAGUCAUUCGCAUCAUCCGGAUACUGCUGUCACUCUCAAAGUCAACACGGAAACCACCUACUCCUACUGAAGAGGAUACAACUGCCAGGCCCCACAUGUUGCCCUGUCCUCUGCAAUGCUCUGAGGCCAGAGAGGAGCCGCCUACUGAAGAGUCUGUAAAUCCCUCCAAAUCUUUGGCAGGCAUACUGACCAGCAGAGCCCAGAAGCGUUGGAGACAGAUGUUCCUAGUGAUACGAAUUGUGAGGGCACUGCUGUCACCCUCAAAGUUGAAACAAAAUCCGUCCACGCCUACUAAGGAGAAAGCCCCUGCCAGGCCUCCCGUUCUGCUUUCUCCUCCACAAUGCACCAAGGCCAAACAGAAGUGGUCCGGGCGUGCUGAGGUGAACCCCCCGACCAAGCUCUCCCUACUGCCUUGCCCUCCACAGUGCAUCAAGGUCGAACCAGAGGCGAGAGAGGUCAAGUCAACGUCCAUCAUGUUGUUCUCCCAAGGGCCCCAAAUCCACAUGAUUUCACAGGAGCUGAGAGAGAGACUGGAGGCCCAUGUCCGACGUAAACAAACGUACCGUCUGUUCGGCUCUCCACCAAAGAUUGCCAGGGUCUUGGCGUACACGGCGGCAUCCAUUGUAGUGCCAAAGGCUCCGCAUAAGCGAUGGGAGGCAGACGCCUCACAAUUUAGAGAAAAAUGUCCACAGAGAUGUUGUUAAGCCUAAGGGGCAACCAUUCCACCUUGUUGGCUUUGAAUAAUAGGCCUAUGCUGCUGAGAAUAUGCCUUUAGUCUUUCUAUAAAAGUUUUCAGGUCAAAGAUUUCAGGUUUCUUAACCUUACUUUUUCAGAUAACUUUUCUAAAAAUAUAUAUGUAUAUAAAUGCAUAAUAAAAGAAGAGCAUGGCACAAAAAAAUAAA